CUGUCUUACACUUUUUAUAGGUUCUUACAAUGGCCUCUCUAGUAACGUCCAUCAACCAGUUUGCUCUGGAGUUUAGCAAAAAGCUAGCUGAAUCUGUUGAUGGUAGAAAUAUCUUCUUUUCACCUUGGGGAAUCUUUACUUCCUUGGGUAUGGUGUAUUUGGGUACCAAAGGUACCACUGCAGCACAGAUGUCUCAGGAACUUAACUUAAGCAAGGUUGAAGAAAUAGGCUCCAAUUUCCAGACCCUUGCUGCAGAAAUCCUCAAGCCUGGAAGUUCCUAUAUACUCAAAACAGUUAACCAGAUAUAUGGAGAGAAAACAUAUCCAUUUCAUAAUAAAUAUUUGGAGGACAUGAAAACAUACUUUGGUGCAGAACCACAGUCUGUUAACUUUGUGGAAGCCUCUGGCCAGAUGAGGAUGGAGAUCAACUCCUGGGUGGGAAGACAGACUGGGGGUAAAAUUCCAAACCUCCUCCCAGAUGACUCAAUAGACUACAUGACUAAGAUGGUUCUGGUGAAUGCCCUUUAUUUUAAAGGGACCUGGGAGCAUCAGUUCUCAGUGCAAAACACCACUGAAAGGCCUUUCAGAAUAAACAAGACCACAAGCAAACCAGUACAAAUGAUGUCCAUGAAAAGGGAGCUUCAGGUCUUCCACAUUGAGGAGCUGCAAACUAUAGGCCUUCAACUCUAUUAUCAGAACCGUGACCUCAGCCUGCUUCUGCUGCUGCCAGAAGACAUUGGUGGCCUGGAACAGCUGGAAAAGGCCAUCACUUAUGAGAAACUGAAUGAGUGGACGAGUGCAGACAUGAUGGACACAUACGAAGUGCAGCUUUACCUCCCCAAGUUCAAGAUGGAAGAGAGCUAUGACCUCAAGUCAGCCCUGAUCAGUAUGGGGAUGACUGAUGCAUUUAACCGGAGCAAAGCUGAUUUCUCAAACAUGUCUUCAGGGAGAAACCUAUUUUUAUCCAAUGUUUUCCACAAGACUUUUCUGGAAAUAAAUGAAGAAGGCACGGAAGCGACAGCUGGCACUGGAAGUGAAGUCAGUCUUCGAAUGAAGGCACCUUCCAUUGAGUUAAAUGUAGAUCAUCCAUUCCUUUUUCUCAUCAGGCACAACAAAACCAAUUGUUUCCUCUUUUAUGGAAGGUUCUGCUCCCCCUAAACUCUGCAUCUCUCACUUAACGAAAACAUCUUAUAGUACAAAGCAAACAAACAAAAAUCUAUGUCGUGAGAUGAAAAACAAGUUAUCACAAAAUUACCCCAUAGUCUAUAUACAUUUGAUGCUUGCAUAUUAAUAAAUUAACCUUACAGAAUGUUUUCUGGUGAUCCUGUUAUGUCUGUGUAAAAAGGUGAGAACAUCUUUAGCUGUUAUGCCUGAUAGAGAAACAGUAAAAAUGAACAAUGAACAGGUGUCCACAAUGACAUAAAUGUGCUUUAAGUUCCCAAACUGAGGACAUUAUGAGAUGACCUGUACUGUUUCUAGAUGCUGCACUACAAAGAGCAUUCAUUGUGAACAGAAUAUAAGUUUUGAGGUUGAGAGUAGUGUUAUAAAGCAAUGUGA